AUGGAUCCAGAUGUGCCCGUCAAAAAGCCGUUACGUGCAAGAAAAACAAUGACCCUGAGUAGUCGAAAGCAGAUGGAAAUCCUGAAAAAUCUUCACAGACUGGGGAAGGCUGGAAGUGACACCUACAGCGUGGAUAAUUACGUGCAGUUAAAAAUGAUUGGAAAGAACUGCUUAAAUUACACUACUUGCAAAGAAACGAACACUGAUCUUGAAUUAAAACAGACGUCAGCCAAGGAGCCGGUAGCUAAGCUGGUUGUCAAUUCUGAAAUCAGCAUUUAUAACGACAAUCCAGAUGUGUCCAGGGACAUUCCCUAUAACGGUUGUAAAGCAAACACUGACGUGAAACAGUUUUUGAACACCAGGUGUUUUGAAGACCUGCUGUAUACCUUGUACAAAAAAGACUCUGGUUCUCCAGUUUCGAAGCCCGUGGAAGUGCGUUUAUAUUCCAAACCCACCAGUAAGCCCCUGGACCAUCCAGAAGAACUGACUUCCUCAGUAGCUUCUUUUACUAGUGACACACCUUCCUUGGGUAAAACAGAGAAGACAGAAGAGAUGCCUGAAAAUCCUGCUACUGCAGAGUUAGAACAAGAACAUGGCAGCUGCCUGCUCCAGGAAGGAAAUACGCUGCCUGAUGACGCUUUGAGAAAAAGGAGGCCUUCUGAAUGUAAAGAGGUCGGUUCUAAGCGCAGGAAAUCAGCCGACGAAACCAGUGACACCGGGGAGUUGUCCGGUACGCGCUCAGACAAGAGCCAGUCAGGACUGGACAGGGUCAGGUGCUUAAUUCACCGUCACGUAGAUAAUGUGAUGGGAGAUCUGGAUCGCAAGGUGCAGCAGUUGAACGAAAGAAUCGAUCACACGCAGUGUCUGCGGAAGCACGAAGAAAUAACGAUCCGGAUUAUAAAGAAAAUAUCUCGGCUUGACAGGCGUGUGAAUUCUAUAGCGGACCUCCAGAACACCCAGUUGCCCAAAAAGGCAAAUCUUCCAGUUGUACAAGAAAAAGUUACCAUAUUAAAUAUGGUCAAGCCCCUUCCCGGCAGUCCAAACGAUCCAUCCAUCCCAUCGAAAGGUCAGCCAGUAGAGGCUGGGGAAACUCCUUCCAAAACUGCCAGAAGUUCUGCCAAGGAAAUGUGCCUCGCCGUGGAAACCCCUGGUGUCCAAGCUGGGAAUUCAGCAGAUGUUCCGCAGAAGGGAGCAUCUUCAAAUGCACACGCCUCAACUGAAGCCCCACGUGCGCCUCAGAACACGUUCCUGAUUGAUUUGACGGAUGAAGACGAUACUAAUCCAGAAAAAGAGAUCUCAGUCGAAGCAAAUCCACCACUGGAAAACACCACGUCCUUGCCACCCCAGCCAAUGGCGAAGCCGUCAAAGAAGAUCCCCGCGCCGUUUCCCCAUCUUCCUCCGCUGCCCAAGAUCCGCCUGUACCCACAGCACGUGAAUGGCUUCAAAGACACCCUCCCGCCCCAGAAGCUGGAGCUGGCCAUCGCCCAGGUCCAGAACCCCAAAGGCAUUGCCCUCCAGUGGAAUGUCAGCCAACCGGACGCCAGGUGUGCCCCCAUCGAGAGCUUCCAUUUAUUCAUCUGCAUCGAGGGCGCGGACAAGGGCGCUCCAUCCGCCUGGAUCAAAACCAAUGAAAUCAAGGCCCUGCCUCUCCCGAUGGCGUGUUCCUUAUCCCAGUUCACCACAUCCGGCAAGUGUUACUUUGCCAUGCAGUCCAAGGAUGUUUACGGACGCUUUGGACCCUUCUGUGAUAUUCAGUUGAUUUCUGCCACAUAA